GUGAUGAAAUAGUUCAGCAAUAUGAUUUGACAUAGAAAAAAAAAACUACAUAUAUCAUCAUGUUUGUUUUGGCAGAAAUGAAGGACACUAUCAGGAUUCCACCCUGGCUAUUCCACAUCAAAUUUAAUGAUGCUGUCAUUGAGGCACUCAACAAGAAACUGGCAAAUAAGGUUGUACACAAUGUAGGUCUGUGCAUUGCAUUAUGGGAUAUUACAAAACUUGAAGACAGCUAUAUAUUUCCAGGAGAUGGUGCUUCCCACACAGUUGUUCAUUUCAGAUACGUAAUUUUUCGACCAUUUAUGGAUGAAAUAUUGACUGGCAAAACAAAAAGCUGCAGCAAAGAGGGAGUUCAUGUAUCAAUAGGAAUUUUUGACGACAUCUUGAUCCCAGCAGAUGCCAUGCAGCAUCCGUCUAGGUUUGAUGACAAGGAGCAGCUCUGGGCCUGGGAGUAUGAAGUUGAGGAUGGUAAACAUGACCUUUUUAUGGACAUUGGUGAAGAAAUCAGAUUCCGUGUAGUAGAUGAGAUAUUUGUGGACACUACUCCCACAGGUCCUGAUGGAACAGCAAACCAAUCAUCUGAAAUCACUGACACAGAGACAAAGAAAACACCUUAUACUAUAGUGGGAUCUAUCAGUGAGCCAGGGCUGGGUCUGUUAUCAUGGUGGAACUCCUGACAUCACUUCCUGUGGAAAACUACAUCCUAUUGGUACAUUCUGUAUCUAGUGCAUCUCAUGACAUUACAAAGGACCAAAAUUGUUUAAAAAAAGGACUGCAUGGAAAAAAGGAAAAUCAGUGCAAUGACAUGUGGUCCUUUGUGUUCAUUGAAAACUUUUGCUUGAUGAACAAGCAAUUUAAUAUUGCAAAAUUUUAUGAAUUACAUAUUUGGUUUGAAAUUGUGUAAUAAAAUUAAGUUCAUAUCCA